GUCGGCGCUGUUCUGGGAGCAGCAAAUCGUCGUGACCGGCUAGCUGCGGCGGCGGACUGUAAACAUGGCGGCGUACACAGCUACAGGGCUGCGCCGAACACCGGGUUACUAUUAGUCUGAGACACGCGGACACCCCAAAAAUGGAGACCGAAGAGGAGCAGCACAUAACGACGCUCCUCUGUAUGGGCUUCCCAGAUCCUGACGUGAUUCGAAAAGCUCUCCGGCUGGCAAAGAAUGACAUCAACGAGGCAGUGGCGCUCCUGACGAACGAAAGCCCCGGACUCGGGUAUGGAUAUGAACCGAUGGAGAGUGGGCCUUCCACCGGCUUGGGCUCGAGUGGAGACGGAGAAAGUAGCGGGCGGACUGGGACUGGUGGGUUUGAUCCCCCUCCAGCAUAUCACGACGUGGUGGAUAGCGAGCGAAGCAAUGAUGAAAAUGGGAACUGCUCGGGAGGCAGCAUGGAGUUUCCCACCACCAACCUGUAUGAGCUGGAGAGUCGAGUCUUCACUGACCACUGGUCCAUACCUUACAAGCGAGAGGAGUCCCUGGGCAAGUGUCUCAUCGCCUCCACCUGCCUUGCUCGGCACGGUCUUGCGGAUGCUGAUGAAAACUGCAAACGGUUUAUGGAUCGCUGCAUGCCCGAGGCCUUUAAAAAGUUGUUGACCAGCAGCGCUGUGCACAAGUGGGGCACAGAGAUCCACGAGGGCAUCUACAACAUGCUCAUGCUGCUGGUGGAGCUGGUUGCUGAGAGGGUGAAGCAGGACCCUGUACCUGUAAACUUGAUGGGAGUCCUGACUAUGGCCCUAAAUCCUGAUAACGAGUACCAUUUUAAAAACCGGAUGAAGGCAUGUCAGAGGAACUGGGCUGAAGUUUUUGGAGACGAAGCCAACAUGUUUGCUGUCUCUCCUAGCAACACCUAUCAGAAAGAACCUCAUGGUUGGCUGGUUGAUUUGGUUAAUCGAUUUGGAGAGCUGGGAGGAUUCACUGCCAUCCAAACUAAACUCAACUCCGAGGAUAUUGAGAUUGCUUGUGUAUCAGCUCUGGUACAGCCUCUUGGUGUUUGUGCUGAGUACUUAAACUCCAGCCUUGUCCAGCCCAUGCUCGAUCCGGUCAUACACAAGACCAUCACAUAUGUGCAGAACCUAGAGGAAAAGGACCUUAAAGAUAAGCGUCUAGUGAGUAUCCCAGACCUGCUGUCGGCCAUCAAGCUGCUGUGCAUGAGGUUCCAGAGGGAAUUGGUCACUGUUGUAGAUGACCUGCGGCUAGACACGCUGCUGCGAAUGCUCAAAACCCCUCACUUCUCCACCAAGAUGAACUCCCUGAAAGAGGUGACAAAGCUAAUAGAAGAGAGCACCGUGUCAAAAACUGUGAAGAACGCCAUUGACACGGAUAAACUGCUCGACUGGCUUGUGGAGAAUUCAGUUCUGUCAAUAGCGCUAGAAGGUAACAUUGAUCAAGCGCAGUACUGUGAAAGGAUUAAGGGAAUCAUUGAACUUCUUGGGAGUAAACUCUCAUUGGAUGAACUCACCAAGAUCUGGAAAAUACAAGCGGGCCAAUCAUCAACUGUGAUAGAAAACAUUCAUACAAUUAUUGCUGCUGCUGCUGUGAAAUUCAACUUUGACCAGCUAACCCACCUCUUCGUUCUGAUUCAAAAGAGCUGGGAAGUGGAGAGUGAUCGUGUUAGGCAAAAGCUGCUCAGUCUGAUUGGGAGAAUAGGCCGGGAAGCUCGCUCUGAAACUACAACAGGAAAGGUGCUGGAGGUGCUUUGGGAGCUGGCCCACCUCCCCACACUGCCAACCAGCCUCGUUCAGCAGGCGCUGGAGGAACACCUGGGGAUUUUGAGCGACGCCUAUGCUGUCAAGGAGGCUGUGAAACGUAGUUACAUCAUUAAAUGUAUUGAGGACAUUAAGAAGACUCACACUCAGGAGGACAUUAAAGGCAGCAACAUUCAAACCUCAUUUCAUAUUGGCACUUGGGGCAAGAAGAAACCUAACUCUGUGGCUAAAGCCUCUCAGCACAGCGUUCCUCAGGCGGUCUGGGUUGUUCCUGCUCUCCGACAGCUGCAUGAAAUCACUCGCUCUUUUAUCAAACAGACCUACCAGAAACAGGACAAGAGCAUCAUCCAGGACUUAAAGAAGAACUUUGAGAUCAUCAAGCUGAUCACAGCAUCGCUUGUGUGUUGCCACCGACUUGCGGUGAUGGCUUCAGGCAAUAAUGGCCUCUCUGGCUCAACUCUAGUGGAUGGAAGAUACACCUACCAGGAGUAUCUGGACAGUCACUUGCGCUUCCUGGCAUUCUUCCUCCAAGAAGCCAGCCUCUACCUGGUCUGGAACAGAGCCAAGGAGCUCUGGGAAUGUCUGGUGUCUGGGCCGGACGUUUGUGAACUUGACCGUGAGAUGUGUUUUGAGUGGUUCACCAAAGGACAACAUGAUCUGGAGAGUGACGUCCAGCAGCAGCUCUUCAAGGAGAAAAUCUUAAAACUGGAGCCUUACGAGAUCACAAUGAAUGGUUUUAGUUUGUUCAAGACGUUCUUUGAAAAUGUCAAUCUGUGCGACCAUCGUCUGAAGCGCCAGGGAACUCAGCUGUGUGUGGAGCGUCUUGACCUGGCAGGGAUGGAUUUUAUUUGGCGCAUCGCCAUGGAAACCCCUGAUGAAGAGAUCGCCAAUGAAGCAAUCCAGCUCAUAAUCACAUAUAGCUACACCAACCUCAAUCCAAAAAUGAAGAAGGAUUCUGUCUCGCUGCACAAGAAGUUCAUCGCUGAUUGCUACAAGCGCCUAGAGGCUGCGAGCUCGGCCCUGGGUGGGCCCACUUUAACGCAUGCCGUUACCAAGGCAACCAAGAUGCUGACGGCCACUGCCAUGCCAACUGUGGCCACAUCUGUACAAUCACCUUCCAGAUCCACAAAGCUGGUGAUAAUUGAAAGACUGCUGUUAUUGGCUGAACGCUACGUCAUCACUAUAGAGGACUUGUACUCAUUCCCCCGCACCAUUCUACCUCAUGGGGCCUCGUUUAACGGACACCCUGUCACUCUUCAUAUCACCUACGAGUCAACCAAAGACACAAUCUCUCUAGAGACCCACAGUAACGAGACGAUAGGAAGUGUCCGAUGGAAGAUAUCUGAGCAUUUGAGCUGUCCUGUAGAUAAUGUCCAAAUUUUUGCUAAUGAUAGCAUGUUGACCAUGAACCGGGACCAGAAGCUGCUCUCCCAGCUCGGCUUCAGUGACGAACAGAGCCUGACGGUGAAGAGCUCAGGUACUGGCACUCCUUCCGGCAGCUCGGAGUCCUCGGCCUCCGCCUCCAGCAGUUCCAGCUCCGCUGUGUUCAACUCCGCCUACGCCUUGGAGCAGGAAAAGUCUCUGCCUGGGGUGGUGAUGGCUUUGGUGUGCAAUGUGUUUGAGAUGCUUUACCAGCUGGCAAACUUAGAUGAGCCGAGAAUUACCCUUCGUGUGAGGAAGCUGCUGCUGCUGAUUCCAACAGAUCCUGAAGUGCAAGAUGCUCUCGACAACUUUGUCCCCAAAGAGUCCAGCGUCUGGAGCCACCAGAAGACGCUGUUCACCCUCGGUCAGGGUGCAGGUUCUCGUUCUCCGUCUGUUACCCCUAAGCAGCAGCAGCAGCCCAGUGCUGCGUCCAUUCUGGAGUCUCUCUUUAGAACAUCUGCCCCCGGCAUGUCCACGUUCAGAGUGCUUUACAAUCUUGAGGUCUUGAGUUCAAAGCUCAUGCCAACAUCGGAUGAUGAGAUGGCAAAAACAAGCAGCAAGUCCUUCUGUGAAAACUUCCUCAAAGCAGGAGGCCUUAGCCUGGUGGUGAACGUUAUGCAGAGAGAUUCUAUCCCAUCUGAAGUGGACUACGAGACCAGACAAGGAGUCUACUCAAUCUGCCUUCAGUUAGCCAGGUUCCUCUUGGUCGGUCAAAGCAUGCCUGCUGCGCUGGAUGAUGAUGUCAUCAGGGACGGCGAGGCAUUGUCUUCCCGGCCGUUUCGUAACGUGGGACGGUCAGGCCGGCAGCUGUCCCUCUGUGGAACUCCAGAGAAGUCCUCCUGCAGACAGAUGUCUCUGUCCGAGCGCUCAUCAAUACGAGUCGAGGAAAUCAUUCCUGCUGCUCGUGUUGCCAUUCAGACCAUGGAGGUAAAUGACUUCACCUCCACUGUCGCCUGUUUCAUGCGUUUGACCUGGGCGGCUGCAGCAGGUCGACUGGAUCUGGUUGGCAGCCCACAGCCAAUCAGAGAGACGCACGGCUCACUUCUGUCACAAGGAGUCCGCACCAGAGUCAGCAGUACUGGAAGUAACUGUAGCUCCAGCAGCGAGGGUGAGAGCACGCCAACAGCACUGCAUGCAGGGAUAUGUGUCCGACAGCAACAUGUCUCCACCAAAGAUGCCAUCAUCGCCCGCGAGGCUUUAUCCCUGCUGGUUACUUGUCUGCAGUUACGCUGUCAGCAGCUGGCGUCAUUUUACACCCUUCUCUCCGUCAAUGAUUUCAUUAUUGAUAUUCUGCUGGGGUCUCCCAGUGCAGAGAUCCGCCGCGUGGCUUGUGAUCAGCUGUACACUUUGAGCCAGUCUGACACUUCUGCCUUCCCUGAAGUCCAAAAGCCCAACUUGUUCCUCCUUUCAGUCGUCCUCACUGCCCAGCUGCCACUCUGGAGCCCCACAUCUGUCAUGAGAGGUGUCAACCAGAGGUUACUGUCUCAGUGCACAGAGUACUUUGAUCUAAGGUGCCAGCUUCUGGACGACCUAACCACAUCAGAGAUGGAGGUGUUAAAAGUGAGCGCUGCCGCCAUGCUGGAGGAUGAGAUCUCUUGGCUCGACAACUUUGAGCCCAGCUGGAGCUCUGAGAUGGAGACCAGCGAGGCAGAUAACAUCCUGCUCGCAGGACAUCUCAGACUCAUCAAGACUUUGCUCUCGCUCUGCGGCAACGAGAAAGAACAUCUCGGUCCGUCUCUUAUCCAGCAGUUGUUGGAUGACUUCCUGUUUCGAGCCUCUCGCAUCAUCAUCAACAGCUCCAACCCUACACCUUCUCCAGCCCCCAGUCACGACUUCCACCCCAAGUGCAGCACAGCCAGCAGCAGGCUGGCAGCCUAUGAGGUGCUGGUGAUGCUGACAGACAGCUCGCUCUCCAACCUGCGCCUCAUCACCAGAGAGUUGCUGUCCAUGCACCACCAGUCUGAUCCAUCCCUCUCCAAGGAGUUUGACUAUUUACCGCCUGUGGAGAGCCGGUCCGUCUCAGGUUUCGUCGGGCUUAAGAACGGUGGAGCCACCUGUUACAUGAACGCUGUGUUCCAGCAGCUUUAUAUGCAGCCUGGCCUUCCUGAGGCUUUCCUAUCGAUUGAGGAUGACACCGACCAGCCUGAAGAGAGCGUUUUCUACCAAGUUCAGUCUUUGUUUGGCCACUUGAUGGAGAGCAAACUGCAGUACUAUGUGCCAGAGAACUUUUGGAAGAUCUUUAAGAUGUGGAACAAGGAGCUGUACGUCAGAGAACAGCAGGAUGCUUAUGAGUUCUUCACCAGCUUGGUGGAUCAGCUUGAUGAACACCUCAAGAAAAUUGGUCGAGAACAAAUCUUCAAAAACACAUUUCAGGGAAUUUUCUCCGACCAGAAGAUUUGCAAAGACUGCCCCCACAGAUAUGAGCGUGAAGAAACCUUCAUGGCUUUGAACCUUGGAGUGACUUCUUGUCAGAGUUUGGAGAUCUCUUUAGACCAGUUUGUCAGAGGAGAGGUGCUCGAGGGCAGCAACGCUUACUACUGUGAAAAAUGCAAGGAGAAGAGGACCACAGUGAAGAGAACAUGCAUCAAAUCCCUGCCCAGUGUGCUUUGUAUCCACCUCAUGCGCUUUGGAUUCGACUGGGAAAGCGGACGAUCCAUCAAAUACGACGAGCAGAUCAGGUUCCCCUGGGUUCUGAACAUGGAGCCCUACACGGUGGCUGGAAUGGCCCGUCAGGACUGCAGCGGGGAGGUGGGCGAGGGAAGAGGAGAUGGAGCCUCGGGAGGAUCACCCAGGAAGAAAGUUACCAUUUCAGAGAACUAUGAACUGGUGGGGGUGGUGGUCCACAGUGGUCAGGCACAUGCUGGACACUACUACUCCUUCAUCAAAGACAGACGCGGAAGCGGCCGUGGACGCUGGUACAAGUUCAACGACAACGUAGUGGAGGAGUUCGACAUGAACGAUGAAACUCUGGAGUACGAGUGUUUCGGUGGAGAGUACCGCCCUAAAGUUUACGACCAGUCCAACCCAUACCCUGAUGUGCGGAGGAGGUACUGGAACGCCUACAUGUUGUUUUAUCAGAAGAUUAGUGAUCAGAACUCACCUGCCCUGCCAAAGAAAAGCCGAGUCAGCAUCAUGAGGCAGGAAGCUGAAGAUCUGACACUGUCUGCCCCCUCCUCUCCUGAUGUCUCCCCCCAGUCUUCUCCUCGACCACCAAGAGCCAACAACGACCGCCUGACCCUUCUCACACGCCUCGUGCGAAAGGGGGAGAAGAAAGGUCUCUUUGUAGAGAAAAUGCCCGCCAGUAUUUAUCAGAUGGUGAGAGAUGAGAAUUUGAGGUUUAUGAGGAACAGAGACGUCUACAACAGUGACUACUUCAGCUUCAUCCUCUCCUUGGCUUCAGUCAACGCAACUAAACUGAAGCAUCCAGACUAUCAGCCUAUGGCCAAAGAAAGCCUCCAACUGGCUGUUCACUUCCUCUUCCACACCUUCCUACACACCAAAAAGAAACUCAGGGUGGACACAGAGGAGUGGAUGGCAGCGGUGGAGGUGCUGCUGUCAAAGAGCAGUGAGGCAUGUCAGUGGAUGGUGCAGUACCUGGUGGGACCAGAGGGACGGGAACUCAUCAGGGUUUGUCUGUUGGAGUGCAGUGUGCGAGAGGUGAGGACAGUGGUGGCGUCCAUCCUGGAGAAGACUCUGGAGAGCGCCCUACUCUUUGAAGACCCUGGACUGAACAGUUUGACUGAUGCUCUGCUGUCCUUGUUGGACAAAGAUGUCCCUGAAAAUGUGAAAAACUGUGCACAGUACUUCAGCCUCUUCAGUAACUUUGCUCAGAGGGGUUGUGAUUCUUGUCAGCUGCUGUUAAAACACUCGGCUUAUCAUCGGAUGCUUCUCUUCCUCUUGGGACCCAACAGGCAAAACAACCAGAAUCGAAGGUGGAGCCCAGCUCAGGCUCGGGAGUUUCUGCAUCUCCACAGCACUCUGGCCCUCAUCACUCUGCAUUCUGACCUCAGCUCUCAGCGGACACUAGAUCCAGAGGGAACGAAGUUACAUCUAAACAGCGUCCUUUCCUCGACACCUCUCCUCCCCCUCCACAGAGAUAUUCUUGCAUCACUCUUCACCCCUGAGGGACAGCCCUAUCUACUUGAGGUGAUGUUUGCCAUGCGUGAGCUGUCUGGACCUCUGUUGUUGCUGAUAGAGAUGGUGACCUACUGCUCCUACUGUAACGAAGUCUUCUCCCUGGGAGUGCUGCAGUUACUCAAAAGUCAGCUGGAGACUGCUCCACCUCAUGAGCUGAAGAACGUGUUUCAGAUGCUGCAGGAUCUUCUUGUAGUGGAAGACCUUCUGCAGUCCCAGAGACUAAAGUACGCCUUUGAGUCAGAGAAAGGCCUGUUAGCUUUGAUGCAUCAGAGCAACAACGUGGACAGCAGGCGCUGCUACCAGUGUGUAAAGUUCCUCGUCACACUGGCUCAAAAAUGUCCACCAGCCAAAGAUUAUUUCAAAGACCUGUCUGGUCACUGGAGCUGGGCUGUGCAGUGGCUGCAGAAAAAAAUGACUGAACAUUACUGGACUCCUCAGAGCAACGUCUCCAAUGAGACCUCUACCAAUAAAACCUUCCAGCGCACCAUUUCUGCACAGGAUACCCUGGCCUACGCCACAGCACUGUUAAAUGAGAAGGAGCAGUCUGGCAGCAGCAACGGCUCCGACGGCAGCCCGGCGAAUGAGAACGCAGACCGCAGCCUCCGACAGGGUUCAGAGUCUCCCAUGAUGCUUGGCGAUUCAAAGAGCGAUCUAGAAGACGUCGACUCCUAACUCAUCCAGCUGGCGGGAUCCGUCCAACGGAGAGUCAGCGCAGGUCCAGGCAGCCAGCUGAAGGGGCUGCACUUUGCCUUUGAUUGGUCAGGACACUUAGGACUCCACAGGAAGCCAAUCAGGAUACUUUCUUUCUGUCCCUACGGCAACGAAGGAGCUAUGAAUAAAUCAUGAAUUACUUCCUUUCCGAGCAGCCAAGGCAGUGAUUCAGAUGCGUCGUCAUUAAGGGCACUGAAGUUGAUUGGGGUGGGAAGAGCAAAUAACCUUCCGUGAGUCGAAGACGACUUAAGUUCAUGCUUCAAUUCACUCAUUGGCUUCGAACGACACGAUGGUGGAGGAUGUGUCCGGGCGGUGUUUUAACAUAAAUCUGCUCAUAUUUGCCAAUGUAUUUGCAUAGACAUAUUCAUAUUGUAAUUACGAUUUGUUCCAUAGGUGUAAUUUUCAGUGUAAGAUAAUAUUUUAAAGCCUCUUGUGUUUUUUUUUUUUUGUUUUUUUUUC